AUUUUUGAGAGGUGUUGAUCAACUGUCGAAGGCUCCAAACGACAGCGUUUUGAUGCGUUAGCCAAAGAGUCAUGACCCUUGCACGGGUCUCUCUACCCUCUCAGCUCCCUUCGUGAUUCUCAACAAGGAAGAAGAUAAUCAGAUAACUCUUUGCACUGCUCCUGUGCUGGAUAUUAUCUCAGCCUUUCUCCUACUAUUCCACCAGAAACUGACAUCAUAUUCCGAGAAAGGAAAGUAAUUGAUUACUCUCUUGACUUCGAAUUCGAAUGUCUACUAGUUGAUUGGACUUUCAAAUUCUGGGGGGAUUUUGGCGAAUGGAGAGAUCUAGAUCGAAGAGGAACUAUCACUACGACCAAGACUACGACGGAGACUCCAUCGCAAGGUCCAAACCUCGCUUCAACAAUAACUAUGGCGGCGGAGGAGGUAAUAACAGAUACCGCGGCGGCGGCGGAGGAGGAGUAAACGGCCGUCCAUCAAAGUCCCACCCCGAAACCAUGGCGACAACGACCUACCGCGUCCUCUGCCACGACGCUAAGGCGGGAGGCGUCAUCGGCAAAUCAGGAUCCAUCAUCAAGUCCAUUCGACAGCACACCGGAGCCUGGAUCAACGUCCACGAGCUAGUUCCCGGAGACGCCGAGCGCAUCAUCGAGAUUUCCGACAACCGCCGCCGCGAUCCUGACGGGAGGAUGCCUUCGUUCUCCCCCGCUCAGGAGGCUCUGUUCAGCGUCCACGACAGGAUUCUGGAGAGCGAGCCUCAGUUUGGGGCGGAAGAUGAGGAGGAUUACGGUGGAGUGAGAGCCGGAGGAGGGAGGGUUGUGACGAGGCUUGUGGUUUCGAAGCUUCAUGUGGGUUGCUUGUUGGGUAAAGGCGGGAAGAUCAUCGAGCAGAUGAGGAUUGAGACCAAGACUCAUAUUAGGAUUUUGCCCAGAGAGACUAACUUGCCUCGUUGUGUUUCCUUGUCUGAAGAGAUUGUUCAGAUUGUAGGUGAAGCAGCUGCAGUGAGAAACGCUUUAGCUAUUGUAUCGUCGCGUCUAAGAGAGAGUCAGCAUCGUGAUCGCAGUCAUUUACAGGGGCGUGUACAUUCACCGGAACGGCCUUUUUCACCUGCUGAUGAUUACAUCCCACAGCAGAGAAGACAAUCGUCAGAUAGGUUUCACUUUAGGAAUAACAGUUUCAGCUCUCGCCAGUCCAACUAUGCAGAAGAAGCUCCAGUUGGUGAGAAUGUGCAGCCUUUCUACGCUGAAGAGCUUGUGUUCCGGAUUCUAUGUCCUGUUGACAAGAUUGUUAAGGUUGUUGGGGAAUCAGAAGGUAUAGUAGAUUUGCUUCAGAACGAGAUUGGCGUAGACGUGAGGGUAUCUGAACCUGUUACUGGAUCUGAUGAACAGAUAAUUAUCAUUUCUUCAGAAGAGGCACCUGAUGAUCAGCUUUUCCCUGCUCAAGAAGCCUUGUUGCACAUUCAGACUCGGAUCGUAGACCUUGUUCCUGAUGAAGAUAACAUUAUAACAACGAGAUUGAUUGUCUCAUCUAGAGACUCAGUAUCUUUGGAAGGGAAAGCAGGAUCAGUAUCUGAGAUAUCACGAGUAACUGGAGCUAGCGUUAAGAUCCUACCAAGGGAAGAAAUGCCUCGAUGUGUUUCCAUCAAUGAUGUUGUUGUACAGAUAACUGGGGAGAUCAGAGCAGCUAGGGAUGCACUUGUUGAAUUAACGUUACGACUCAGGAGUCAUAUGUACAGGGAGUUCUCUCAGAAGGAGACACCACCAGCUUCAACAUCCACAACUGGCCCUCUUGAAGGUGUUGCAGGAGUAAUAGAGGUUGCUUCAUCAAAUAACACAACUCAACCCCGUGAAGGACUCUCAAUAGCGCCACAAUAUAAGGAAAGUGGUGGACCAGUUGCAAAGGUGGGUGAAAGUGAACAGCGGGAUGAGGUUCCUAACACGGCAAGCAGAAUGUCGGUGCCACUAGUUACUAGGAGCACUCUUGAAGUUGUCUUACCAGACCAGGUUAUUCCUAAGCUAGUUACGAAAUCAAGAAACAAGCUUGCACAAAUCAGUGAGUGGUCUGGAGCUAGUGUAACAUUAGUUGAAGACCGACCGGGAGAAACACAGAAUGUCAUUAGAAUUUCGGGUACGCCAGAGCAGGCAGAGAGAGCACAGAGCUUGCUUCAAGGCUUCAUCUUGAGCAUACAAGAUGAUGGACCGUGAACUUGGACAUGGAUUCAAUCAGAGAAACAAAAAAAUGUGGAGUUUGUAUGAAUUGUUGAGUAAUAGAAUCCGAGUGAAAGUGUGGCAGUAACGGGUAGAGGUUUAGGUAAAAAAUUUGAACUUCACCCCUUGGGUUGUAUGUUAUCUAUUAGUCUUCUCCAUUGUUUUUUGUAAGUUGUAACUUAGUCUUCAAAGUUAAAUCAUCCGAAAUACUCAUUAAUGACUGAAAGAUCUUUUUCUUU